AUGGCAGAGCCGCCGCAGGCAGACUACGUGGCAUCGGCAGGACUGAUACCACGCCUGCCGCAGCCCGCAUCGUCGUAUCCCCGGGGCAAACGCGGCGAGGCAUUUUACCUGUCCGUCAUUAAGCUUCGACCAGCCACGAGCAUGCGUCUCUCCGUGAACGGCCGGCGCAUCACGGGUUUGCUUCUCAUCUACCAGGACGGCGCGGAGGACACGCUCGGACGAGUGUGCCUGGCAAAGCUGCAGCCGCCGGAGAGGCUGUACGAGGAUGGCAUUUGGAUUCUCGCGGAGCAAGUCGACAAGUAUCCGCAGGUAGUGCGGGUCGUGGUCGAAAAACCCGGGCGUAACGCGGACAGGUAUCUUCAUGUGCGCUGGCAGGGCCAGCUGGAGUGGUGGUCGUCUGCGCGGCAGUGCGAGCUACACUACUUGCAAGGGCAGACGCUUCCCGCACGUCCUUAG